AUGGCAACAUCAACACACACCCUCCCGAGUACAGCAAUUGAGCUCCCAAACCUCGGACCUAGCCCCGAAGAACGCCAACGAAAUGUCCACGUCCAAGACCCCGUCCUCGAACCCGAUGAGGUAAUGCAGCAAUCCCUCUUAGCAGAUUCCCAAGUCCCCGACGGUGGCUACGGCUGGGUCCUCAUUUCCGCCUGCGCAGUCGUUACAUGGUGGUUUGUCGGCGUAUCUUAUACAUGGGGUGUGAUGCAAGCAGCGUUAGUAGAUGAAAUGGGAUAUUCAUCUUCGACGCUUGCGUUCGUGGGCUCAUUGUGUCCUGCUUGUAUCUCUUUGCUAGCUGUGCCUAAUGCGACACUCAUAAGCAAGAUUGGGGCGCGAAUUACGGCGCUUACGGGCAUCUUCCUGUUGGGUCUUGGGAGUAUUUUGUCCGGCUUUGCCACGCAUAGUGUUGUCGGAUUAUUUAUGACUUGGGGUUUCGUUGGUGGUCUUGGGACUAGUCUGUGUUUUAUGGUCGUAUCUGUCACACCGGCGCAAUACUUCAAAGCCAAACGUGGUAUCGCCAAUGGAAUCGUUUAUGCUGGCGGUGGUCUUGGUGGUACAGUCAUCAGCUUUAUUCUGAAUGCGCUACUAGACAAUGUCGGGAUUGCAUGGACUUUCAGGAUUCUGGGAAUCAUGAUUCUUGCUACGGGAUUGCCAGCUGCGUACUUGAUUCAGGAGCGGGCUCCGAUCCGGCCUGCAAAGAUGGUGGAAUGGAGUCUGUUCCGUGAUAUUCGUUUCACAACCCUUUGGCUCACAGGCGCAAUCGGCACAUUUCCGCUCUUCGUCCCGGCUUUUUUCCUUCCCCUCUACACAAAUUCCCUCGGCCUCCCCUCCAGCGCCGGCGCAGGUCUUGUUGCAGCCUUCAAUUUCUCUUCUGCAAUCGGGCGUCUAUCCUGUGGCUUCGCGUGCGACAAGUUGGGUGCUAUGAACACUCUCUUCAUCUCAUUGCUGCUCAGUGCCCUGAGCCUGUUCGUGUUAUGGCCCGUUUCCAACUCCAUUGGACCAUUGGUCGCCUUCGUGGUCAUUAAUGGUUCUGCAAAUGGCGGGUUCUUCUCAACCAUGCCGACUGUUGUUGGCAAUGUGUUUGGGUCGGCCAGAGUGUCUGUUGCGGUUGGAAUGAUUGUUAGCGGGUGGCUUGGCGGGUAUCUGAUGGGUGCUCCUAUUGCUGGUUAUAUUCUGAAUGCUUCGGGGGGAGAAUCCGGUGGUGUGGGCGCUUAUCGACCGGCUAUUUUCUAUGCUGGUUCGAUGGCCACGGCUGCAACUGUUUUAGCAGGUAUAGCGCGCAUCAAGGUUGAUCACAGGUUGAAAAAGACGGUGUGA